GCUGACACAGGGAGAAAGAAACAGAUUGAGAACGGGUUAGAGGAAUGAAAAUACAUCAAACAUAAAUAAAGCGAAAUCAAAGCAAUAGGAUAGAUUGAGAGAAAGGAGAAAGAAGAAGAGAGAAACUGUGUAAAAAGGGAGAGGGACAGGGAGAGAGAAAGAAGAUACAAAUAAAGUAGGGGGAGUUUGCAGUUGACUUGAGAGAGAGGGAAAGGGAGAAAGGGAGAGAGAGAGAGCGAGAGAGAGACCAGCCGCCGGCCCAUUUAGGAAAGAUGGCUACAGUCACUGCAAACGGAGUGCAGCAAGAGAAUGGAUUCAGCACCACGAACAGCGCCGGCAGGAUGAACGGACUCAUGAUCGGUCAGAACACCAUUCCAAUGAAGGACCACGACGCCAUCAAGCUGUUUAUCGGACAGAUUCCCAGAAACCUGGAGGAGAAAGAUCUGAAGCCCCUUUUUGAGGAAUUCGGAAAGAUAUACGAACUCACUGUGCUGAAAGACAGGUUUACUGGAAUGCAUAAAGGAUGUGCCUUUUUAACAUACUGCGCCAGAGAGUCAGCACUGAAGGCCCAGAGCGCCCUCCAUGAACAGAAGACUCUGCCAGGGAUGAACCGGCCCAUCCAGGUGAAGCCAGCCGACAGCGAAGGACGAGGAGAAGACAGGAAGCUGUUUGUGGGGAUGCUUGGGAAGCAGCAGAGCGAGGAGGACGUCCGGCGGCUCUUUGAGACCUUCGGCCAGAUCGAGGAGUGCACCGUCCUGAGAGGGCCUGAUGGGGCCAGUAAGGGCUGUGCCUUUGUCAAGUUCUCCAGCCACGCAGAAGCACAGGCGGCCAUCAACAGCCUACACGGCGGACAGACCAUGCCAUGUGGGUAUCCCCAGGGGGCGUCCUCCAGCCUGGUGGUGAAGUUUGCCGACACGGACAAGGAGCGGACCCUGCGUAGGAUGCAUCAGAUGGCGGGCCAGCUCGGCAUCUUCAGCCCCAUGACCAUCCAGUUUGGGGCCUAUGGCGCCUACUCUCACGCUGUAAGUCUCGGCUCCACGGGGGAGGAGACGCAGAUGAUGCAACAGCAAGCAGCGCUAAUGGCGGCGACCCAGAACUCGUAUCUGAACCCCAUGGCAGCCAUCGCUGCGGCACAAAUGCAGCAAAUGGCAGCUUUCAACGUCAACGGCCUGGUGGCUGCCCCAAUGACACCCUCCUCAGGCACCAGCACGCCACCGGGUAUCAAUGCCACGGCCUUGCCCAGCCUAGCAGCGCCCAUGGGGGUCAACGGGUUCGCAUCCCUCCCGCCCCAGACCAACGGUCAGCCUAACAACGAGCCAAUCUACACCAAUGGGAUCCACCCCUACCCAGGUGAGACAGCCAAUGGGAUUCACCUCUACUCAGCACAGAGUCCUACAGUGACUGACCCUCUCCAGCAGGCUUACGCCGGUGUGCAGCACUACGCAGCAGCCUACCCUGCCGCAUACGCACCAAUCAGUCAAGCGUUCCCCCAGCAACCCACCAUCAUCCCCCAGCAACAGAGAGAAGGGCCGGAAGGCUGCAACCUGUUUAUUUACCAUCUGCCCCAGGAGUUUGGAGACGCAGAAUUAAUGCAAAUGUUCCUGCCUUUCGGCAACGUCAUCUCCGCCAAAGUCUUCGUGGACCGGGCGACCAAUCAAAGCAAGUGUUUUGGCUUUGUGAGCUUCGAUAACCCGUCCAGUGCCCAGGCGGCUAUCCAGGCCAUGAAUGGUUUUCAGAUAGGCAUGAAGCGGCUGAAGGUGCAGCUGAAGCGGCCAAAGGAUGCCAACCGACCUUACUGACCCCUCUGCCGUCCACAUCCAGGAUGAAGGGCCACAACACCUUAUUUCCACAAGUGCAGUAUAAAGUACAAAGACUUCUUGCUCUGCUACAUAUCAUGAAAGAAGGGUGGUCCCUUGAUUCUGCUGGAAGAAUAGCUGGAGAAGAUUGGGUGACUGAGGAGGAGAAAGAACCCGGAGAUUCUUGUUUUGUUUUUUUAGCAAAUGCCUCUUUUUUUUCCCUGUUUUGCUUUGGCGUCUGUGGAAGAGGAUUUUUUGCAGAGACCAACUUUUUGCUGCUGUUUUUUAGAGAAGAUGGAAAACCUUUAUAGACACAUUAUGCUCAAAGCAUGCAAACUGACACCGGUACAUAUACACACACACACACACACACACACACACACACACACACACACACACACACACACACACACACACACACACACACACACACACACACACACACACACACACACCAGCCUGCUGCCAUUUUGGUUUUCGUGCCUACACAGGUGAUGUGCUCUGUGACAGGCGAGCUCUGAGGAAAGAAGAAGAGAGGGAGAAUCCAGGAGAAUUUACAUGCAUCAUUCCUUAGGAAAUAGGGACCAAAGGACUUAACGCUUUUU